GUUGUUUUUGAGAAGGAAUUUGGAUGCUUCAAUUCACAGGUAUGCCUGGACUUAAGGUCAAGAAUUGGAGUGACAGUGACUUUGUGGAUGCUCUGGAUCACAUUGUACUUAAAAAGCGCCAAAGGUCGCUACUAGAAAGGAAGCUGAUGGGGUUGGUGAAACCAGUUCGUGAGGUCAAUUCUCAUGGACUUUCUGAAGAGUGUUCGAAAUUGUGCUGGGAGAGUCAAAGAAGAAGUUUGUUCGGUUCUUGAGGACUUCAAAGAAGCUGAAAACCAAUCAAAUGAGACUCAUGAAAAUGUUUCUUCUGUUCUUUCCACAACUUCAGUCAAAAGUUCAAGCAAUCACUGUGCAUUGGUAUCUUUCACUGCUACCCAACAUUCACAGGAAGCAUCUGAUUGUUACCCAGAGGAUACUGUAGUGAUACAUUUGAGAAAUGAUGUGAAAGAAUGUGAUAGGACAUACUCAUCUCAGAGAUCAUCCAUGGAAGAAAGUUUAUGUGAUGGGAAGGAAUGUUCGUCUUUGAGUACGUUAAGUAUGUCUGGCUCAACUUUACUGGCACCUCCUAAAGUUAAGGUUGAGGCGUUGGACAAGAAGGAUAUGCACGGACUUGAAAAGGAUGCCCUGUCUAAAAUUUCCCUCAACAUACAACCCGUGAAAAUUGAACCAGUUAUCUCUGAUCAACAUAAGGAUUUAUGUACCCAACCCCAAACAAUUUGGGACAAGUCUCGGAUAAUGAUGAUGUUACAGCCAGUGAAAAGUGAACUUGAUAUGCCUGAUCAACUUUGUGGAGACAAGGUGGACCACAUGCGACUGAGAGAUCGAAUGAAAUUGCUGGCGUCAGGAGAGCAUUUAGAAUCAAAUAUCUCGGAUCAUUACGAAGGCACGAGGAAUGUUGUACCUUCUGCCCUUGAGUAUAACUCCGUAGUUCCAGAAGCAGCAAAACCAAUAAGGAUUAGCCGUUCACGUAAAAGGAUGAAAACUGCCACUGAUUCAGUAGAAGCUGCACUGAAGGAAGAUGCUCCUGGGCUCUUGCAGGUGUUGAUUGAUAAAGGAGUGUCAGUUGAUGAGAUAAAACUUUAUGGAGAGAUGGAGAGUGAUGAGACCCUUGAUGAAUCCCUCAACCAAGAUAGCUUAACAGAUCUUGAAGCUGUGAUAUCAAAGCUUUUUUUACAGCGCAACUCGUUAUUAAAGUUUGCUGCUAUACAGUGCACGAAAGGUGAAAAACCUAGUUAUUGCCUGGAUUGUCGAUUCUCACUUGUGGAACAGUCACGAUAUCUGAGGUUUCGCAACUGGCCUGCUGAAUGGGCUUGGUGCCGAGAUCUCCAGUCAUUUAUAUUUGUCUUUGAAAGGCAUAACAGAUUGGUACUGGAACGUCCUGAGUAUGGCUUUGCUACAUAUUUCUUUGAGCUAGUAGAUUCCUUAUCCGUUGACUGGCAGAUAAAGCGUUUGGUCAUUGCCAUGAAGCUUACUAGUUGUGGCAGGAUCAACCUAAUUGAAAAUAAAGCAUUAAUGGUUGGAGAAGACUUGAGUGAAGGUGAGGCACAAGUACUGGUGAAAUAUGGUUGGAUGCCGAAUACUGGCUUAGGAACAAUGCUAAACUAUUGCGACAGAGUUUUUCAUGACAGGAAGAACGAGAAGGAUAGCUCAGAGUGGAGAUCAAAAAUUGGGAAGCUUUUGAUGGACGGAUAUAAUGGAGGAAGUAUAGUUUCAGCCAGUACCCCGAAGAAUGUCGUAGGCUACGAUGGUUUUUGAGAAGAGCCCACAGAUCAAGCUGGAGCAGUAGUUAGGCCUCUAAACGAUCGACUCAUCUCAUUGAGUCUGCAUUCCAAAUGAUAGGUUUGUCACUGUAUAAAGUGGGCUAUUUGGGUUGCAAUAUUUGGAGUACUCUUUUUUUUUUUUUUUUUUAAACGGGCAACUCAUCCAAGACACGGUCACAUUGGACCUCGUCUUAUGUGAGAAAUCUUAGGCACAUGAAUCUCCCCUCCCACACUCGGGCAUGUGAGUCCCCCAUCCUAAAUGCACCAAACAAUUAUAGGGUUUUCGGUCCACAGUAGUGGCUUC